UCUUGGACUGCUAUGAUUUCGGGUAUACGAGAGUUGGGGAUAUUAAGAAUGCUAUUUUGCUCUUGAGGAGAUGCCUGAUCGAGAUGUGCCUUGUUGGAAUUCUGUUAUUGCUGGUUGCACGCAGAACGGGUUCUUUUCGGAGGCUAUUGGGUUUUUAGGAAGAUGGUGAUGGAGAAUAGUGUAUUUAUUAGGCCUAAUGUAGGUACAGUCGUGGUGCUCUCUCAGCUUGUGGUCACACGGAUGUGCAGUUGGAAAAUCGAUUCAUGCUUAUGUUAUAGAAAAGGGCUGGUCCUAAUUGUUGAUUGGAACGCUUUGGUAGAUAUGUAUGGGAAAUGUGGGAGCUUAAAAGAGGCAAGAAGGGUUUUUGAUGGAAGCACGAAGAGAAACUUGACUUCUUGGAAUUCAAUGAUCAAUUGUUUUGCCCUCCAUGGCCAAAGUGAGAAGGCAAUAAGUGUGUUUGAGGAGAUGAUACAUUGUGGACGUUAUGAUGUGAGACCAGAUGGGGUUACAUUUAUUGGAUUGUUGAAAGCUUGUACACAUGGAGGAUUGUUUGACAAGGGUUGUGCUUAUUUUGAAUUGAUGACUAGGAAUUAUGGGAUUGAGCCUUGGAUUGAGCAUUAUGGAUGCUUGAUAGAUCUUCUUGGUCGAGCAGGAAAGUUUGAAGAAGCCUUGGAAGUUGUGAAUGAAAUGAAGAUUGAACCUGAUGAGGUUGUCUGGGGUUCAUUGCUUAAUGGAUGUAAACUACAUGGUCGUACGGAUUUGGCAGAAUUUGCAGUGAAAAAGCUAAUUGAAAUUGAUCCAAGCAAUGCUAGGUAUAGUAUAAUGUUGGCAAAUAUGUAUGGAGAGCUAGGGGAGUGGGAUGAGGUCCAUAAGGUUAGGAAGAUGUUAAAAGAACGAAAUGCUUAUAAAGCACCAGGUUGUAGUUGGAUUGAGGUUGAAAAGAAAGUUCAUCAGUUCUAUUCUGUUGAUAAAUCACAUCCCAGAACAGAGGAGAUAUAUGAUAUCUUGGAAAGUCUGAAUUGUUUGGUUUAGCCUGGAACUUAUAG